GGUUUCUUAUGAUUUGCUAAUCGUAGAUUCUGCGCCAGAUCCGCGUUACCAAGACGCGCCCUCACUUCCGAGUUUCUUGGGGUGAGGGUAAAUAAUACCAAGGGGCUUGUGUUGUGUCUGUGUUGCGGGGUAGAGGUAUCAGAUGGCGCAGAUCUCGCAAGCUUUGAAGUCGGAUUGAGCUUUAAACGAAUAAACCCAAUAUGGCGGUGGAAAAAUGUGCUUCCCGGGUGCUGGUGUUGCUGAGUCAGCUGGAGAGAUUGAAUGAAGAGCCCAAAGUGUCUGAUACGGAUGCCAUCCGACAGAUCACAGGCAAAAUUCUUCACCUCAUCCAGACUCAAGAGAAGACCCGCAAGGAGAUUGUGUCAAAAGGCUCAAGUGGGAUGGAAGUCAUUCUUUCAUCUUUAGAGAACACACGGGAUUUGCAGACCACCCUGAAUAUUCUCAAUAUUUUGAAUGAACUGCUGACUGUGGGUGGAGGGCGAAGGACUGGGGUCUUUGUGUCUAAAGGAGGAACGGCUCUUCUGCUACAGUUGUUGGUAACAUCCAGCAAAGACCUUCCUAUGAAUGAAGAACUGAUGCUGCAAAUUCACUCUCUGCUGGUUAAGGUCGGACCUAAAGACAGGAAGUUUGGUGUUAAAGCACGUCUGAAUGGGGCUCUGAACGUGACGGUUAAUUUGGUGAAACGCAAUCUGCAGAACUCCAAGCUGUUGUUGCCAUGCUUACAAGUGCUGCGGGUCUAUGCAGGCAACUUGGUAAAUGCUGUGUCGCUGGGUAAAAGUGGCACUUUGGAGCUCAUGUUCGAAAUCAUCGGACCUUACAGCAAAAAAAACACCACUCUGCUCAAGGUGGCCCUGGACACACUGGCGGCGUUACUGAAGUCCAAAAUGAAUGCCCGACGGGCGGUGGACAGAGGUUAUCUGCCCACCCUACUCGCCAUCUAUCAAGACUGGCAUCGCAACGACACCCGUCACUGUCACUUAAUCAUUCGCAAAAGCAUUUUAGGAUGCAUCAAAAACCUCACAACCAUUAAGCUCGGCAGAAAGGCCUUCAUAGAUGCCAACGGGAUGAGGAUCCUUUACAACACAUCCACUGAAUGCCUGUCCGUCCGGACACUAGAUCCAUUGGUCAAUACAUCCAGUCUAAUUAUGAGGAAGUGCUUCCCAAAGAACCGCCUACCACUGGUUACCAUUAAAAGUAUAUAUCAACACCCGCUAUCACACGUACCAUCUGGUGGACCAGUGGCGCAGCUCUACAGCCAACCUCCAGAAAUGGACGAUGUUGUUGAUGAGAGCGAUGAGAAUGAAGCCACUGAGGUGGACACAGAAAAUGAGGAGGAUGAAACGGAGGACAACAAUGAGAAUGAUGAUAUUGAGACGGAUAUCAACAAAUUGCGGCCCAGACAAAUGCAGACGCGUCCGUUUGAUGAGCUGAGAGUCUAUGAGCGUUUCUGUGUGGAAUUCACCAAGGAUUUUAAGGAUUAUGACUUUGAAAACUGCAGAGCUGUGUUUCAUCCAUCAAGCGUCAACCAAGAUCUUAAUGGCCCCAUCAUUAUUCCCACCACACUCACCUCUGUCAGGUCUCCAAGCAGACGUCAGCAACUGGAGAGCGUUCAGUUACCCAAACCGACAGAAUCACCCCUGGAAUUAGACGACAUCUCUUUAGCAAAACCCCCAGAGAGUAAACCAGACCCUGAUCUGGUGUGUAGCCUGGGCCGGCUGGUUCUGGAUGGUGUGGACCCUGUGAACGGCGAUUGUGACGAUAGGUCUCAGGAUGAGAGUGGGGAGCAGGGCUUGCUCGUGGUCCCAGAUACAGCCGCAGUGCUCCCUCUGCAUGACCCUGACCUCUACUUGGAGAUGGUGAAAAGUACCCGCUCGGUGCCCAUCUACACAGAGGUGGCAUACCCAGAUUACUUCGGACAUGUGGGACUUGAUCUCCGUGAGCCCAUUGUAGAGAGAGUUUAUGGAGUGCAAAGAAUGAAGAUCUUUCAGGACAUCGAGAGGCUCAUUCAUCCCUUUGACAUUCUUGAUAAAGUUGUAUAUGACUUAGACAAUCAGAGUUGUCCAGUUAUUGACAAUGGGAACUCUCUCAAAUUUACCUCAAAAUUUGAGUCUGGCAACCUACGGAAAGCAAUACAAGUCCGAAAGUUCGAGUACGACUUGAUCCUGAACUCCGAUAUCAAUAGUAAUCACUAUCACCAGUGGUUCUAUUUUGAAGUGAGCAAUAUGCGUCCAGGCGUUCGCUAUCGAUUCAACAUAAUCAACUGUGAGAAGUCCAACAGCCAAUUCAAUUAUGGUAUGCAGGUGCUCAUGUACUCCGUGCAGGAAGCUAUCAACGGAAGACCCCAUUGGGUCAGAACCGGAUCAGACAUCUGCUACUACAAGAACCAUUUCUCACGAAGCUCCAUUGCGGCUGGUGGUCAAAAAGGAAAAUCUUAUUUCACCAUGACUUUUACUGUGACCUUUCAGCACAAAGAUGACGUCUGCUACUUCGCCUACCAUUAUCCAUAUACAUUUUCUACACUUAAGAUGCACCUGCAGAAGCUGAGGGCCCUGCAUACAGCUCAGAUCUACUAUAGAGAAGAUGAGCUGUGUCAAACACUGGGAGGAAACAGCUGUCCCCUCCUCACUAUCACUGCCAUGCCAGAGUCUUCCAGCGACGACCACAUCGACCAGUUCAGGAGUCGUCCGGUGGUGUUUCUGUCUGCACGUGUGCAUCCCGGCGAGACUAACUCCAGCUGGGUAAUGAAGGGCUCUCUGGAGUUUCUCAUGAGCUCCAGUCCUAAAGCACAGAGUCUGAGAGAAAGUUACAUUUUCAAAAUCGUCCCCAUGCUCAACCCUGAUGGAGUCAUCAACGGCAAUCACCGCUGCUCUCUGAGUGGGGAAGAUUUGAACAGACAGUGGCAGAACCCCAAUGCAGAGCUACACCCCACCAUUUAUCAUGCCAAGAGUCUCCUGCAGUACCUCAGAGCUACAGGACGAACUCCACUGGUGUUCUGUGAUUAUCACGGCCAUUCCCGGAAGAAGAACGUCUUCAUGUACGGCUGUAGUAUUAAGGAGACCGUAUGGCAAUCCAAUGCCAACACCAGCUCCUGUGAUCUACAAGAAGACCUCGGAUACAGGACUUUGCCUAAGUUGCUGUCUCAGAUAGCUCCAGCGUUCAGCCUGUCCAGCUGCAGUUUUGUAGUGGAGCGCUCUAAAGAAGCCACGGCACGAGUGGUGGUCUGGAGAGAGAUCGGAGUUCAACGCAGUUACACUAUGGAGAGCACACUGUGUGGUUGUGACCAGGGGAAAUACAAGGGUCUCCAGAUUGGGACACAAGAACUGGAGGAGAUGGGCGCUCUGUUUUGUUUGGGUCUCCUCAGACUAAAACGCUUCACAUCUCCCUUAGAGGUCCACAAUCACAAAUCCCAUGUGCUGGAUAUAGAGAACGACCUGAUUGACACACGCAGCAUUCCAAACAUCACCAGUUCCACCACGUACGUGUUGGAUGAGGACGAGCCAGCAUUCCUGGAGGAAGUUGACUACAGCGCGGAAAGCAAUGACGAAAACGAUCCUGUUCUUGAACCUGAGCUCCAGGAUAACCGUGCCCUCCCAGGUCCCAUUUCUGACUCAGAGUUUAGUCACCAAGACUGUCUUAACUAAAAUCAUACCAGGCUUUACUUGAGUCCAAUGCUCAAGCUGAACUCUAAUAAACUUAAACUCACCGAUUGUUAA